AUGGCCACCUUAACUGAAGUUAUAUCAUCAUUAGCCCUGAUGAUUGCUCAAAUUCCAAUGUAUAUUGGGCAGGAACCUCCAAUAGAAUAUUAUAACAAAUUUAUGCAAAUAUUUCAAUAUGGCAAUAUAUUAAGUGUUGUGGGAUUAGCUGAAGCAUUCAUACCACCCAAUCUAUUUCAAAAUAACGCAGAUAAUCAAAUAAAUACACCAAUACUUUUUCUUGGUUGGUUAGAGGAUAAAUAUCGAGAAGUAAUGAUAGGAACUAGUCAAGCAUCUAUGAAAGUGCUUAUAAAUGAAAAAUUUUCUCCACUUGAUAUACCAGAUAGCUAUAAGCAAAGAAUUCAUACAUUUACACAUUCUAUUGCAGAUGCUGAUUGUUUAUCUAUACUCUAUAACCACUUAUCAGAAAAUUUAGAACUUCGAGUUAGAAUAACAGCCCCUGCAAUCAAAGACACUUUCUUUACAAAUCUUAGAAAUUGUUGGUUAGAAUCAAAUAGGAGUAGGAAAAAUUUUAUCAAAGAUGAGUUAUAUGCAAGAUUAGGACAUGCAAAUUAUAAUCUCAGAAAAGAGCCUUUUGGUCAAGUUAGAGAGGUUAAUACCAGAGUGAUUACCAGAGCUAGUACUUCAGGUGCUAAAAAAGUAUAUGCCACAAAGAAACCGCAGAAGUUUACUAAAGUUACUUACAAAUGCUCAAAUUGUGGAAAAAUUGGGCAUAGAAAAAAUAAAUGUCCUAAACUCAGUAAGAAACUGAAGAAGGUUAAUUAUAAUUAUCAAUCCAAGCCAGAAAAUUCCGAUCAAGAGGAUGAACCUAUUGAAGGGGAUAUCGCAAAAAAAUAUCAAAAGAUUUUUCAACCCUUUAUUGAAGCUGUUAAUAAAGAAAAUAAUAUGGAUUUUAAGUAUGUACCUCUUCCUGAUAUUUCAGAAAAACUUAGUCAUGCCAGUUUCAUUAAUAAUUCUAUUACAUCUGUCAAAGACACAGAGUAUCAUUCUUUAAAUCAUACUAUUAAAAUUAAUUUUCUCAAUAUAAAAGAACCUAAUGAUGUAGCAACGAUUUCUUGUAAAAUAGGUGACUUAAUAAUACCUCAUGCAAUUCUAGAUACUGGUGCAAAUGAUUCAUUGUUUACAGAUAACAUUCCUGAAUAUUUAGAAAUAAAAAUAGAUACGAAAAAUGUUUACAAACUUACAGGUGUGGUUGGAGAUUCUCAGUCUAUUGGUACAUUAUAUAAUAUUCCUAUAUCUAUAGAUAGUAGAAAUGAUUCUAUAACUGUUUCUGAAAAAGAAAUAUCAGUAAUCCCUACAAAAAAAGAUCGAAAUGGAAAUGAUAUAUCUAUAAUGAUACUUGGUACAAAAUGGCAACAUUAUAUUAGAUGGGAUCCUAUAGUAAAAGGAGAAUUUAUAGCAAUACACAAUGGAAAGACUAUUACAAUUCCUCUUUCUACUUGCAAAGAAUCAUGCAAUGUAUUUAAUACAGAAAAAUUACAGGCAUCAGAGAAAGACUCGAAGAGUCAUGAUUCGGAGAAUCGUCUAAUGACCUGUUUUGCAAUAAAAAAAAUGCGUAAAUUGUGA